GUUCAUUACUUGAAUGCAACGUGUACGUCGGUGUAUUUUGUCCGUGUACUCGACUGUACUUUUUGUUUACAAAAUGGCAGACUUCAGAACUUCGACUCUCGAUUAUUUCCCAGAGAACAUUUUAAUUGAUAUUUUAUCAUAUUUAGGUGUGCGAGAGCUCAUCAGAACUGGAAGGGUGUGUAAGAGAUGGAGACGCCUUGUAAAAGACCAACGUCUAUGGCGAGCUGUUGAUCUAACUGCAUGGAAAGGGGUGACGUCGCGCAUGCUGUGGGUUCUACUGCGCCAGUAUCUGGGCACUGGGCUCCGAUGCCUGCGGCUGCGUGGCUUGCUGCUCUCUGCUAGAGGCGGGGCAUUUCUCUCAGAGUCCUGGCUUAAGGCUUUGUCCUCCACGUGCCCCCGUCUGCGCAGUCUUUCCCUGCUGCAUGCAGACCUGAGAGGCUUGCGUAGUUGCCAGCUCCUGCCCACAACGCUGCAGGUCCUAGAGUUGCGUGGCUGUGAGCUGCCACAGAGCUUUUUCACCCAGACCCCACCCAGUCCUGAGAAACAAGCUGGAGCUGCAUCAACUGCUUCUACUCAGCAACAUGGACGCGGUCAGACUGGGAAAGUGCCUGCCUCCACAUCAGGGAUUGCCAUUGAGACGAUGGUCCUUGAUAAUGUGCCCUCCUUCACAGACCUGCACCUGCAGAGUCUGGCUUCUUGGUUGAAGCUUAGCCACCUAGAGCUGCGCAACGUCCUUCGGGUCACAGCGGAAGGCCUUAGGCGCAGUGCUGCCCAAGAAACAGACUCGGGCUUAAACGGGCUCUCCAGGCUCAAGUACCUGGAGAUAGGGCACUUUGGACGGCCUGGCGCCCAGCUACAGAUGGCCUCCCUGGGGCUGGGGGUGGGCUGGCUCGGCCUAGAGGAGCUAAGCCUUGGCGGUAAGGAGGUGGGACCAGGCCUGCUGUCCGCCAGCCGCCUGAGGGACCUGAAGCGCCUGCGCCUCAGAUGCUGCAAGCUGAGAGAGAUGCAGGUGCUACGGAGCUGCAGGACGCUGCGGGAGCUGCGCCGGUUGGAGUUCUGUGAGGUGUUCUUUCAGGUUUGCCCAAAGACACCAGAGAGGCAGGGUGAGGAGGGGAGGGAGGAUGGCGCAGACGGUGGUGAUGGGAGCAAUGACAAGCUGGAUGAGAAUGACCCUGUGCCGAGUCUGCGCCGCUCACUUGCUGCUCUGCUGCCACAAUGUACACUACUAUUCACCAACUGCACUGUUACAAUAACAUCAGACUAGAUUACAUACUAUGUUACACAUCUGGUUCCCUUAUUCUACUGUGGUAAAAAUACAAGCUGUCAAAGCUAUACUUAAAACCUGUUUGCAAACUCUGAUGAAUCACCUUUUUGUUGACAUAUGUAGAAAACAAAUGUACCCCAUUAACAAACCCAAUCAAAUUCUAUUUUAAACUUUCAUACAGCUGUGCUAUUGAACAUAAAAGGGACAGUGACUGGUUACACAUGCAAUGAACGGUCUCACAGGAAAUGUAAUGUUUCAAUUCAACCCCUCGACCAGGGCUCUUCAGCUCUUAAAGGCACUGCAUGGUCAAUCCAAUGUCUGCAGUGACCAUAUAGCAUUUACUGCGAUUCGGCCUCUGCAUGCCUCCGGAGGCUGCCUUGAGAAGAGAUUCAAUGAAUAUAUUGCAACUCUGGGGGGUUUCAGUAGGCUAGAAGUAGCCCACUAGUUUUGCUCACUGGCCCCCUGAAGUCUAGGAAAAAUACUCUGUGUGAUUCCCCAAAGCAUUAUGUUGCCUGUAUUCAUUAAGAUAUGAGAAAGUACAAAUGGGAACUGUUUUAACCUUUUUCCACCAAGAAACUAACACGAAUAUGUUCUAAACUGACUUGCCAGUUAAAUUAAAUAAAUAAAAUUGCAAAGUAGAACAUACCUCAAUAGAUCAUGAAUAAACAAAUAUAAGGGAAA